CCUUUCCUUCCGGCAAUUUGUUUCCUCCCCCCCUCUCUCUCUCUCUCUCUCUCUCGCUCUCCGCGGCACCAAGCCCAGCCAGCCAGUCUGCGGGGAAUAAGCAGCACGGCAGGCAGCAGCUAAUUAAUGGCGUCUUUCGGUUCUCUCAAAUCGCAUAUAUGGGACAGAGAAGAAAGAAAACAGCAAUACCAAGCGCACAUCCGAGGGCUCAAUGCUUACGACCGGCACAAGAAAUUCCUCAAUGAUUACGUUAGUUUCUAUGGGAAAGAUAAAGAUGCCCGGGUUAGCCUUCCGGUCAAAACAGACCAGGACACCCUUAGAGAAGGAUACAGGUUUAUACGGACUGAAGAAGAUGAUAAGGAUUCAUCUUGGGAACAAAGACUGGUGAAGCGUUACUAUGACAAACUUUUCAAAGAAUACUGCAUAGCUGACAUGACAAAGUAUAAAACUGGCAAGAUUGGUCUAAGAUGGAGGAUAGAGAAAGAAGUCAUAUCUGGCAAAGGGCAGUUCGUAUGUGGCAACAAGCAUUGCGAUGAGACAUAUGGACUUGCAAGCUAUGAGGUGAACUUUUCUUAUUUUGAAGCUGGAGAAAGCAAGCAAGCCUUGGUGAAACUUUUAGCCUGUGAGAGAUGCGCAGACAAGCUUCAUUAUAGAAAAAGGAAAGAGAAGGAACAACUCAAGAGGAGGGAGAGAGAGAGAUCUGAGAAAGGGGUGAAACAUGAGCGCAAGAGAAAGAGGGAGCAAUCCAGGAGUGAUGAUAGUGAUUGUGAAGGCGAGGAAAGCGAUGAACGAAGCAGAAAAGGGAAAGAUGCUCCAAGUGUAAGUGGCAGUCGCAAGGCCGAUGACAAGGAUGACUUUGACAAAUAUCUACAGGGGAUGUUUCCAUGAGAGUAUUGGGAUGGGAUGUCAUCCGCUGCUCUUGUAAAUGAAGCCAUAAAUCAUUUUUUUCUUGGGAAAAAUUUUAAGGUUUUGACUUGAGGGUGUAUCAAGAAGACGAUAUCUCGAUCAUACUCAAAUAUGUAUUUACCUAAACCAAAAGUAAUCUUUCCUCCAUUGUUUGCCGGUUCAGAAAUAUGAAGAGUCCAUGUGUAUAUAAUAUAGGCUUCACUUGUAAGCUCCUAAACUAAACGGCAUGUUGUUUUCAUGCAUCUCUCAUCUGAAAAAGGAUCAUCCAAAGCUUUCUGCAGGCGAA